GUCAGGACGGGCGGGGGUGGUCGGUCGAUGAUUUACCCGCAUUGACCAGGAAGACAUUUUUGGAGUAGUAGCCUAAUUGCAGAAUACCCCGCCACUCGAGAAUACACCCCAAUAUCACUGGUUGCAUGGGUGCAUGGUGGGUACAAGCUGGAACUUUGAAGUGACGCGCCGUGGGAACAGUGGCACUAACAAUGUGUCUGACGGACACAUUUUGACCUCGUCGGAGCCGGGCAGGCAUCAAAUUAUAUGUCAUGUACGGGGUGGAUCAUGUAGAGUAGUCUGCAUUUGUUUUUCAUCCGGCCAUCUGGACUAGUGCAGUCACAGUACAGGCUUAGGCAGAUCUGUCAUAUCCUGAGUGGUGCAUGCUUGCAACUUAAUGAGGUCCUUGGGCCAGUGAACAAGGAUCAUGCAAGAUGAUUGGCGGUCUGUUUAUUUACAAUCACAAAGGGGAGGUGUUGAUCUCCAGGGUCUUCAGAGAUGACAUCGGACGACAUGCUGUGGAUGCAUUCCGUGUCAAUGUCAUCCACGCCCGUCAACAAGUGCGGUCACCAGUCACCAAUCUGGCCCGUACCAGCUUCUUCCACAUCAAGAGGGGCAACAUCUGGUUGGCAGCAGUCACACGACAGAAUGUCAAUGCCUCAAUGGUCUUUGAGUUCCUGAUGAAGCUCUGCGAGGUCAUGAGCUCGUACUUUGGCAAGAUCAACGAGGACAAUGUCAAGAACAAUUUUGUCCUUAUUUACGAGCUGCUUGAUGAGAUCUUGGACUAUGGGUACCCCCAGAAUACAGAUACCGGCAUACUGAAGACAUUCAUCACUCAGACUGGAAUCAAGUCCCAGACUCGAGAGGAACAAGCUCAGAUCACCAACCAGGUCACAGGUCAAAUUGGCUGGCGCAGGGAAGGCAUCAAAUACAGGCGCAAUGAGCUCUUCCUAGAUGUGCUGGAAAACGUCAAUCUCCUCAUGUCGCCACAAGGGCAAGUUCUCAGUGCCCAUGUUGCCGGUAAGGUGAUCAUGAAGAGCUACCUGAGUGGUAUGCCAGAAUGCAAGUUUGGAAUGAAUGAUAAACUGACGCUGGACAAGCAAGGCAAAGGAGACAGUGAUUCUAAGAGUAAAAGCUCCAUUGCCAUUGAUGACUGCACCUUCCACCAGUGUGUCAAGCUGAGUAAGUUUGAAUCCGAGCGCAGCAUUAGUUUCAUCCCUCCAGACGGUGAGUUUGAGCUGAUGAAGUACCGUACUACCAAGGACAUCAGUCUACCCUUCCGCUGCAUCCCUCUUGUCCGAGAGGUUGGCCGCACUAAGAUGGAGGUUAAGGUAGUGCUCAAGUCCAACUUCAAGCCAUCCAUUCUUGGCCAGAAGAUUGAGGUGCGCAUUCCUACUCCAAUGAACACUAGUGGUGUCCAAGUCCUGUGCAUGAAGGGGAAAGCAAAAUACAAAUCUAGCGAAAAUGCCAUUGUCUGGAAGAUCAAACGUAUGAGUGGCAUGAAGGAAGUUCAAAUCACUGCAGAGAUUGAACUGUUGCCGUCCGGUGACAAGAAGAAAUGGGCUCGCCCUCCUAUCUCUCUCAACUUUGAGGUUCCAUUUGCAGCCUCUGGUCUGAAGGUCCGCUACCUGAAAGUGUUUGAGUCGAAGCUCAACUAUAGUGACCACGAUGUGAUCAAGUGGGUGAGGUACAUCAGCCGUAGCGGGCUUUACGAGACCAGGUCUUAAUGAGCCAUCUCUUUGGGGAACAAGAGAGAAUAAGAUGGAAAAUCCAGAAAGAAUAGUUUGUACUGCCUCUUUUGUAGUGUAGUUCUGUUGCAUCAUAAGGUACUCAUCCCAUGGCUUGUGGUUAUUGCUUCUUUCUGUAUUCCAAACCCCCCAGAGCUUUUGUAGACGGCCAUUUCGGAUCAGGGUCUAGGUGGCUGUAUUCACAUGAGUUUUUAUUCUCUCUGUGAAUCAGAACCUAGUGUAGUCAGUUGCUCAGCGCCAGCAAUGCUUUACCAGACAUUGUGCGCACAUUGUUGCUUAACUUGCAGAGAAUGUUGUGGUUCGUUGUAUGCAUGCAUCUCGUAUGUAUGCCGCAGUAUGUUGUGCAAGUUUAGCUGUGAUGUAGACUAAUGCCAAUGUAGUUUGGUGAAAGUAGUCAGUGGCGUGAUCUGUCAUGGACAUGUGUGCAGAGGACAGUCUUCAAAGUAAUUAGGUACACACCAUUAAUAAAAUGUUGGAAAUAUCUUAUAACAUGCAACAUGGAAACAACUGUGUUUGCCAGUUUUACAAUUGGCCUUGCACAAAUUAUUCAAAAUGUUUUCUGGGAAAAUAAUAGUUCAAGAAUUUUCCACGACAGAAAUUUACUCUGAGGUUUGGUCUAUACUCAAGUAGCAUGGGAUGAAUAUCUGUAAUAUUACUUUGUAAAAGCAUUUAUUGUAAAUUUCUUUUCUUAUUGGUAUAAAAUUGAGUCCAACCAUUAACAUUGGAAACCUACCACCAGAGCCUCCUGCAUACUUUCUCAGAUCCAAAACUCGAUGAACGAAGAACAUUCUCCAUACAAGUUGUUCUUGGUAGAUUUGCAUAUGACAAUAUCAGGUAAAUCAAGGUGACUGAGUUUGUCCCAUGUGAAACUGUGUGCUUUGGACAACCUUGUCCUGAGUAGAUUCUUUUUGAAGUGGUGUUCAUGGAUUGAAGGUACAGUUUUGUUUAUCUAUCUUAAGUUUGGGUUGUGGGUUCAAGUGAAAAUCACAUUAGCUUAAAAUUUAUCUCUACUGUUCCAUGUACGUUACCCUACGAACUUAUUCUGAAGUAAAUGUGCAGGUCUUGACCCCUGUGUACGGACACAAUCACUCCCCACCCAUGGUUUUACUCCCCGACCUGUUCAAGGUCAAGACAAAGAAAUACACUGCACUGAUAUAGUGUCUACUGUCUUUAACCUGCUGACAUGCCCAGACUCUGAAACAAAACUUCCUCUCAUUGAACAUUUGUAAAAAGUCAACUGUUGGUACUAGGUGAUGACAGGCUGUAUGAAUCCAUGAUCGGAUGCUCGGUCAAACAUUACCACUGACAUUCCAACACAGUCACUGCACAUCACACAUCUGCACCCUUUUCAUGGCAUGAUGUCGGGGUCUGGUUCUGUGCACGCUUAGGUGAAACAUCCUUGUUCUAAAAACUUGAAGUUUUCUGGGGUCUAAGGAGGUCUUUGCCAAGCUGACAACCAGGCAAAGUUGGCUAUGGUUGGUUUGUGUCAGUAACUCCUCAACAGGUAUUUACACUGGGCCAGAUGGUUUGCUGUAUCCACUUGCAGGGUACCGGUAUGUAUUGCAUGGCAUUGUAGCAUGAAUGUUGACCUGCUUUGCAUGUGCAUGUUAUCAGCUUAAUUCAUGAUAGCAAUCAAUAAUAUUAAUACAAUGUGCAUGCUUCCAUCCUUACAUGUCUAAUGGACAAUUUGCUCAGCACAAACUUUUGAAAAUGUAAAAGUUUGGCCAGUAGCCAUGUCAGACUUGAAUAAUGGCUGCGUGCCAGAUUACAGUACCUAUAUUGGAAGGUGUCAUUUGUUGCACUGGCAAGCCAGAUUUAGCACAUUUGAUAGGAGUACUUAAAAGUAGGAGAAUCACACAUUAAACUACGUGGGAUCCUAGAUUGAUGGAACAUGCAUUGUAUUACCCAAGAUGUGCUAGUUGGCCAACUGAAUUCAUAUGAAAUAGUGUGCCAGAUUUUCAACAGUGUGAGUGUGAGCUUGUAGACAUGAAAACUUUCAAAGAGUAAUUGUAGUCAAGCAGAGCAAUUACACCAGGUGUUUGUACAUAUUCCAUUGUCAAGUGUCUGGGUGAUUUGGGGAGGGGGGGCUAAAAGAGCAAGGAAAAUCUCAAGUGCAUGAAUUUGUGGCGACAAGUACUACUCAUAAUGUAGUGAUUGGUUCUGAAUUUUGACCAACACAAUUUUGUUAACUUGCUGACAAAGAAAAAAACAUAAGUGGAAUGUUGAAAUGUAAUGCUUGGUACAAUAUUACCCCAUCUUCCUUUCUGCAUGCUUACCACCAUGUCUUUUUAUUUUCUAUUUUCAGUGACAAACUAUAGUGCAGUCCAUUUCAUGUUAUGUUUUCAUUACACAUCUAGAACGCAUGUGAUACAUAUACUUCGCCUUAACCAUGACGUGUUGAAAAAAAAGUGUGUGGAUGACAUUGAUAUUUGACCAAUUGCUGUCUUGUUGCCAUGCAGUUGUGAUGGCCUGUCUGGUAUAUGUAUUUUGUAAUUGCAGUACAAUGAUGAAAAACAUGCCACUUUGGCGAAAAGAAAUCAAAUGCCCACAGUAUAUUCAAAUGUAAUGCUCAGCAAGUUCAUUAGAUAACCAAUAUGAUGCUUGUUUGAAUAUAGAAAAAUCUCCCAUCAGAAAAUUGCUUAUUUUGCCAAAUGAUAAACUAAUGCUCUAAUGAUGUAUGUUAUCUUGAUCUACAGCCUCAUACGUAUUAAUAAAGGCGAUAUUUCCGUAUGUGUCUCUCAAUACCAUUUGUGGUUGUUGAUUUUUUAUUUUUGCAUUGUGGUGUUUGCACAAUCUGUAGUUUCUCCAUUCCCUCACUCAUCUCAAACCUUACAUACUCAACCUCUUACAUUAUGCAGUUAUAUGUACAUGUAUGACCAAUAGCAUGAAACAGAGGCUGGAAAUAUUAACCUCUCUUUAACCUACUACCAUUAAUGGUUUGCUCUAUUCUGAUACCAGUCUUGUUGAGGGCAGUGACUAGGUUUGCACACCAGAGUUGAUAGUUGAUCACCUACAUUGGCAGUUGACUUUCAGUACAGCUGCAUGUCAAGGAUUUGUUCAUACAUACUGGCUCCGUAGCUUUGACCACUACUCGUUACUAUUGCAACCAACUUGGUUUCUCUCUAUACUCGUUUCUGAAUUUCCUAACAAAAGAAAUUGUCUUGUCACCAUACAGCCUAGGCAUCCAUAGAAGCAAUCACUGUACAGACUUCCAGCAUUUUUCAUACUCGUAGGUAUGUGCUUUUUUCAGCCUUGGUCACGUACAUCAUUGGGAUACGCCUUACUGUGGGGUAUUUCAAGAAGAAACCCAAAACAAACUGGCAAGAAACACCUUUGAUUACUUUCAAAAUCCAAGUCUUCAUUACGCCUUCCACACCACAGCCUCUCACAGGCCAUAGGCACAGGAAAUAUGCACACGUACAGAUUAGUUGAGAACUGGUUGCAUACUGUGCAUUUCAUUGGUGAGGAGAGGGAACCAUGAGUAAAGACCGGUGCAUUUGUCUGUUAUAAAUGAGAUGUUGAAGUUUGUAUACAGACUGCCCAUGCAUGUGCAAGAUAUCCAGACAAGACACCAUUUACACAUUCAAACCAAUGCAGAUAGUGUGUCCUUCCUUGUCCAUUGUGAGUAUGCUACACAGUGGUGUAUACAGAUCCUACAAAGUUACACCUUAGCUUCUGGACUUGUGCAACUCUCAUGUCAUGCAUUUUGUGCAUGUUGUUACCCGCAUGUGGUGACUUUGUGUAAUCUCUGCUUAGUGGAGUCAAACAGGUGUCAAUGCAAGCUUAAGGAUAUUAGUCCAUCAUCAGUCAUUCAGUCUCAAGUUUUGUUAACAGCUAAAUAAACUAAGAAACUUUGAUGAAGGAAUCCUUUGUCAUUAUUCAUCUCAUCUUAGUUAUGACCAAAUUUAUUGUAUGACUUGUGAUGAAUUUCACUACAAUUAUACUAUGUACUGUCAACAUAGACCCAGGAACACGUCACCUUUUUUUCUUGAACAAAUGAAGAUUGAAGGAAUAUUACAAUACCCUUUAUUACCUGCCUCAUAAACAUAGUAUACUGCCAUGGACAGGUCCCCAGAGACAAAUAGACUUGUGCAGUAAUUGAUUCAAAAUUGAGCGCUAUAGCUAUGUAGUCAUUAUGACAGUGGUAAGAGAGAUGCACAAGUUCAACUAGCUAGUAUCAAGAAGCAUAUAUAAACUUUUGCAUGAGCGGCUAUUUCAUGUCUGCCUUUUGCACACUAAGCAUAAUUUUAAAUUGUUCGAGCCAAUGCUCAAUGAAGCCAUGUCUCUUGGCCAUAGUUCCAGAGAUACCGUGACCUACCUGCCUCCAUUCUUAACAUUACACAUCCCAUACAAUUACAAUGCACAUGGCAUUUUGAUACUGUUUGAGAUGUUCGAAAUGAUCCGACACAGUGAAAUCCCUAACAUCCAAUGAGUGGAUCAACUGCAGAUGUACCGAUAUAUAAUAAUGAGUUACAGUUUCACUGCUUAUGAAUACUUCCCAUUCAAGAAACAGUCCAGCAGGACAUUCUCAGAUAUUGGCAGCAUGGCUUUCUGACUUCACAAACUGAGCUCACAUUGUGGCAAGGCAAAGCUUGUUGAAUCAUUACCAUGGCACUCUGUCUCCAGUUUCUGAUCAGUCUGGCCAGCACUGUACCCCUGUGUCAGAUUGAUGAGAGACUGGGGAAGGAGGAGAUGCCUGCCAAAGUGAGCAACUUGAGGUUUGAAGUAAGUUCAUGUUGUAGUCAAAAUCAUCACAAUUCUUGUAGUCUCAAGGUAAGUCACAAGCCAUUCGCUUCAACUGUGACAGAAGCAUUCCUUUCUUAUUUUUCAUACUGUUACUUGUGACUGGUUUUGUGACUGCACUUUGAAAAGGAAUCGUGCUGGACUUGACUACAGCCCUUCAUUAUGGUGGUGGGUUUCCAAUACAGCCCUUGCUGUGUGAUAGAGUCUUACAUCCAAAUAUUAAAGUGUUUUGUAAGAGGUACAUUAGCAGACCAAGGAUUAAUUUGUUUUCCGUUUCCAUAUUUGUAUGUUAAUCACUGUUUGUCAGAUUUUGUUCUGUAGUAUUAAAAGAGUAAGUCAAAAGAAACACAGUCCAACCAGAAACUUGUUUUUCAUGUGCAAAACUGUAAAAAAUAUUGGGCUUCACUUAAAGGUAGAAUGGACCAUUUAUCAUUUUCACAUGCACUUUAUUUGAAGCAAUGAGCUCUGUGACUACAGUAAAUUGAGAAAACAUGCAAUACAUUUUCUGGGUCUCUUAAUUCGUGUAAAACUUUUUUCAUAUUUUACAUUACACAUAACUCCUGAAGAAAGUGUUUACCUCCCAAAAUACUUGUAAAUCUCCCGUUAAGAAUACAUGCAAAUUGCAUCUCCUGAAAUUCAUUAGUUUCAAAAGAUUUUGAAACAUCUUUGGAAGUGAUCUUGUGUUUUUUCCCCCUCGGUUUGCAUAAUUUCAGUCUUUUUUCUUGGAUUUAUGAAAGCAGUAAAUAUUUCUGAUCCGUAUAGAAGCAAAUCAGGGGCACAGGGCACUUGUUCAUAUUUGCCAAGUACAAUCAGUGGGAAUUCCGAUGAUGUUCACUAAAGGAAAAUUAUACUUGUAGAAGGCAAAGGGGGGGGUUCACAAACUAUUCCGGUGGUCUGUGACUUCUGCCAAGUGCAACAUUGUUUCUGUUUUGAUUGAGUUUGGUUUUAACUUGCCCUUUUUUUGAAUGUUCUGUGUUUUACUUGUGCUUCAGUGCUGGUCAGAUAUGCCCUGUGUACAUGUACACAUAUUUGCUUGUAUCAUUGUUAUUAAGUAUUAGUAGUAAUAUUAUACCCUAUAUUGGACAUGUGAUUUAUAGCAAUCAUAAUGUGACAAAUAUUAAGCUUGAUAUUACAUUUCUUGCUGGAGGAUAACUCUGUUGUGAAGGGGCACUGUGUACAUCACUUAGAGAUACAUUUGAAGGCGAUGUUGCAUCCCAUCACAUUUGUGUUGUCACACAAGAUAUAGCCUAGUGUGUGUGCAGUACACAUCAGGGUGUUACAAUGUGUCCCAUUUCAAAAUGUUUGGUUGUUCAUCCCUUGUGGAAUUUAAACGAUGUUUUUCCUUGUCAUGAUGUUACAAGCCUUAAUCAAGUUUUUAAAAUGAUGCUUAGCGUUAAUGGCUAUUUAUCUGUUUGAAUGGACUGGUACUUUGUCAAUAUGUGACUUGGCAUGACAAAAUGAGCGUAAAGUCGCAUUCUGCUUUUUCCAGUUGUGAGGGUUCAAAGUCAAAUACUGAAGUGGAGGUCAAUUUUGGCAUCUUGUAAUAUGUUGAAAGAGUAACCCUUCUAUUCAAUUCCAGUUUUGUUAGCAGGAUCAGAUAUUUUAACAUGUCAUUUUCUCAGUAAUUUUGAUGAUAGCAUUAUUUGUGCCCUGUCAGAAAUGUUGAAACAAUGUCAGAAAUAACGACGCAAAGCUGCCAGAAUAAUGCCACACUGUCACCUCAUACUUUUACCCUACUUGUUCCAUGUACGUACCAUUGGAAAGCUCUCUUUCUGCUGAUUUAAAAAAAUACCAAUAUCUCAUUUUUUGAAAAUGCCAACUUUCAGCUCAUUUUGUGGUGACAGGUCAGACAUUUGCUCUCAAUUAUUGUAUUUACAACUAGAGUAAAUCGGAUAUGUUUGAAAGCAAUUGUAAUCCCUGUUAGGCAAAAAGAUAUAUGCUUUCCCUACUGUGGUGAUAAGUCUUAGACAUGUAUAGUGCCCCAUCACACAGAUCUACCUGAUCAGUCCAAAACCCUUUCAUAUACAUAGAACAUCUUAGAUGUUUUCCUGAUGAACGGGAAAUAAUAUUGGGUCUAUUAAAGUAAAGUUACCAAAAUAAAGAGACAAAUAAAAGCCACUAGGCAACUAAUUCCA